CUGUUGUGACAGUCCUGGCACACCCCACUGGGAGCACAGAAUGCGGGUCUUGGCGGGGGCCCUGCUGUCCAUACUGCUGGGGUGGCUGCUCACGUCCACCCUGGGGGCUCUGGGUGCCAACCCAGGCCUGGUCACCAGGAUCACCAACAAGGGCCUGGAGUACGCGGCCAGGAAGGGGCUGUUGGCUCUAGAGCAAGAGUUGCACGGGACCACGCUGCCUGACUUCUCCGGGGACUUCAAGAUCCACGGUGUCGGCAAGGGGAAAUAUUCAUUCUACAGCCUGGAAGUCCACAGCUGUGACCUGCGCGGCUCCACUCUGCGGCCCCUCCCGGGCCACGGCCUGAGUCUGUCCGUCUCCGACUCCUCCAUCCGGCUCCGGGGCAGGUGGAAGGUGCACAAGGCGUUCCUGAAACUACAAGAGUCCUUUGACCUGAGUGUCAAGGGCAUCACCAUUUCAGUUGACCUCCAGUUGGGCAGUGAGCCCUCAGGGAGGCCCACGGUUACCACCUCCAAGUGCAGUGGCCGAAUCCGAGAGGUGGAUGUGGACAUAUCGGGAGGUUUGAGGUGGAUGCUGAAUCUCUUCCACAACCAGAUCGAGUCCAAGUUCCGGAGCAUGCUGGAGAGCAAGAUCUGCGAACUGAUCCAGAAAUCAGUAACCUCUGACCUACAGCCUUAUCUCCAAACUCUGCCAGUCACAGCAGACAUUAAUGAUUUCCUCAGCAUCGAUUACAGCUUAGUGGAGGCUCCUCGGGCCACAGCCCAGAUGCUGGAUGUGUUGUUCAAGGGUGAAAUUUUUCAAUCUAAUCACCACUCCUCAGUUUCCUUGCUUGCUCCAGUCAUGCAUCUUCCUGGGGAACACAACAAAAUGGUCUACUUUGCCAUCUCGGAUUAUGUCUUCAACACAGCCAGCCUGGUUUAUCACGAGGCAGGGUACCUAAGCUUCUCCAUCACAAAUGACAUGAUUCUACCUGACUCUGUCUUCAAACUGACCACCAAGUCCUUCCGAGCCUUCGCCCCCAAGAAAUCCACCAUCCUCUCCCAACGCUCCGAGUCCCCCAGGAUGCAGCCCAGACAGGCAGUAGCGUUUAACGUGCCUUGCAGAAGGUUAGCCAGACUGUACCCCAACAUGAACUUGGAGCUCCAGGGAGCAGUGGCCUCUGCCCCACUCCUGAACUUCAGCUCUGGGAAUCUGUCCUUGGCCCCCCUUAUGGAGAUUGAGGGCUUCGUGCUGCUGCCCGACUCUGAGAGGGAGCCUGUUUUCCGGCUCAGUGUGGCCACUAAUGUGUCCAUCACGUUGAACUUCAACACCACCAAGAUCAGUGGGUCCAUGAAACCUGAAAAGGUACAAGUGGAACUGAAGGAAUCCAAAGUUGGACAAUUCAAUAUGGAGCUCUUGGAAGCAUUCGUCAACUACUACCUUGUCAACGUCCUCUACCCCGAGAUCAACGAUAAAUUGGCCAUAGGCUUGCCCCUCCCUCUGCUAAAGCGUGUUCAGCUCUACGACCUUGUUGUCCAGAUCCAUAAGAACUUCCUGUUCUUGGGCGCCAAUGUCCAGUACGUGAGAGCUUGAGGGCGAGAAGAAAGAUGGCGCUUGGAGGGCACAGCUGGGUCUGCACGUGGCAUUUCCAGAUUUGCAGUGUAUCUGCAGAGAUCCUCUCAGAGGACGAAGACGCUUCUGUUCUCAGCUCUGGAGGCCAGGUCUGCCCCCACCCUCCUCUUCCCAGGAGCACCCACGCCCUCUCUCACUCUGAACUUUACUUUCUGCUCCAGGAAGGACCUCCCUCCCCCACUGGCCUGGGAUAUCUUUAAGAGCAGGCAUUGUAGUUUUUAUUCGGCAUCUGAUCCUCGUGCCUAGCAGAGUGCUGGCACUUAGUAGGUCCUCAAUAAAUAUUUAUUGAAUGAUG